AAAAUACUUUCUGAAUGUCAGUGUCAAUUGUCAAAGAUAAAUUCAUAUUAAUAAUUUGUGUUUUGAAAAAAAUAAAUAAAAUGAACGAAUUAAUGAAACUAUGCCAAGGCAAAAGAAUGGCCGCUAUGAAAAAAUUGAAACAGGAGCGCAAUAACAGAAUGCGAAAUCAGUUGCCAGUUUUGUCCCGUGAAGAAGUUAUCAGGUAUCACCUUCCACCUCAUGAGGCACUUAUAAGGGCAAUCGACCAAGACGGUUACAAACACACAGCAGAAUACAUGAAACAACUGAUCGAUUAUCAAGAAUACGUGAGAAAUUUCUAUGGCCCAGAUACCAAUAUUUGGCUCAGACCCAGACUCAUCCAUAAUAUGGAUAUUCUUUAUCACUUGAGAGAUGGUCUUGCUACUGCCGAAAAAGCUCAUUUGGCUGACAAUAUUUCCAAUGAAGCUAAAGAGAUCCUGAAACUUGCGGUGGAGUAUGCUACUGGUGAAGAAGAUUGGUGGUGGCUUGGACAUCAACUUUUAGAUCAAGCAAUAAACAUCUGCAAAGACUACAAGAAAGAUGGGGGAAUGUACCAUUCUAUAGCAAGAUAUGCCCUUGGAAAAUUUCUUCUAGAGAAGAUUACAGAUGUGGAUGCUGCUCUAGAACAUCUGAAUAUCGCACGUAGUAUAUCCGUGGGAAAUCCCUGGAGUGCGAAAGGCAUCUACAAGUCACACCAAAAUACAGUCUUCACGGAGGUCUCUAUUCUGCUCUACAAGGUUAUUUUGAAUCAAGCAAGGAAAUGCAUGAAAAGUGACACCCACCUGGCCAUCAAGCUCUGUAAAACAGCCAGAAAAGCCGCUUUGGAUGGUUGUCACUAUGCUGGCGAGACUGAAGCCUAUAUUACCGAAGGUCAAUGUGAGCAGUUGAUUCAUGAUACCCAGAGUGCGAUCUCGUCUUUCCAAAAAGCCCUUUCCAUCCAGAGUGUCCACGAAGAACCCCGCUGGAAAUGUGAAGCUAUGUCUCAUCUAGCUAUAGCAUAUCUAAAGCACGGAAUCCUAUCUUCGGCACUUGAAAUGCUCCACGAUUUGAAGACCUACGCGAUGAAAAAUCAGCUCACCUAUUAUGUGGCACAGUCUUAUAAGUACCUUGGGGAGUAUUACCUCAGAGAAGGAACUCCACAAAGUUCUACACCGCUUCUGAGGAUUGCUUUGAAAUUGUUCAACGAAAGCAACCAUAUCAGCGAAGCAGAAAGUACUAGAAACUAUGCUGCCAUUUCAAUUGGAAUCGAGCUGAUCAACCCUUACAUCGAACUAGUGGUGUCUUGCAACGACAGUAAUCCCGAUUACGAUAUCCUCAUGAAGAAGCUCAUAGACUGGAAAGACUCCAGGGUGACCUUCUGGAGCGACGUGAAAGGAGAGAUAAGCUUUGGCAGACUCGACGAAGUUUCCAGUACUGAAGAGAGUGGCAGCGGUUUCUUGAUGGACGCUGAAGAAAACGUUGAAAGAGUGAACAAAGAAUUGCUGUUGUCCGUACAGACCCUGGUGGGAAGUCAAGAAUCUUUCCGAGUUAGUGACAGCCGAAGGACCAGUAAAUCCAGGGAAUCUGUCAAAGAACGCGUUAAGGAAAUCAAUGAGGAUAUAAUAAUUAGUGAGGAAGGGACUGUUGUAGAGGCUGCAGUAGAAAAGAAGGUGGACUCAAGAAGGGGCACUACUGAGAGUACCGAAGACAAGAAACUUAUUACACUACACGUUGCAGAAAACUUUGAAGAUGACUGAAAUUGGAAGUAAUUGAUAAUUAUCAAUUACAAACAUAAGUUUAUGUGGGUGAUGAUAACUUUCUUUAUAUGUUUCUUUUAUAUACAUUAUUGUUCUGUGUUAUAAUAAAUGUAUCUUGUUA